CCUGAAUUCUUUUCUCUUCAAUCCAAGUUCCAUAUUUUCAAUUUUAGAUUUAAAAAGUCAUCAAAAUCCUACACAUAAUGUUAUUAUUUCGUAUAGUAAUGAGUUUGAUUUUGACAUCGUGCUAACCAUAGACGAUAGUGAUGAUGCUAAAUAACGCUGGGGAAAUAGUGGUCAGGUUUAUCACCCAAACGACUUAAAAAAAAUCUCGCAUGGAUGUUGGCUGCCUUCAUUUUUAAGUCUGAGGACUUGUAAGGAGUAUUUUGAGGUGUGAGGCCAUGGGUAUAUUAAAGGAAUCCGGCCGGACGAUUCUACAAUAGAUUAUCCAACAAUGAAACUACUAUUAUCUGCAGGAGCUGCGCUUGCCUUCCUCCUUGGCCUAUGUGCCGCCGGCUCCCCACCUGCACAACUACGUGUCCACACUGUCAGUUGGAAUAGUGGACAUGUACCUGCCCCAACGAAUCUCGAAGAGUUCCUUGGCCUUAACAGCGGAGAAAAUCCUGAUGUGAUCGCAGUCGCCGUCCAGGGAUACGGAUUCGAAUCGGACAAACCCGCACAGGGCCCAGAUUGCGUGAAAAACUUCCAAAGCCUCCUUACAUCAAAAGGAUACGUCAAGUUGAAAUCAACCGUCACAGAGACUAUGGGUCUAAUCGUCUACUGCCUGGAUAAACAUCGCGACGAAUCUACUUUGAAGCAUCAGACCGUUGUCGGAACUAUGAACCAUCAGAAGAAAUCAGGAGGAAUCGUGACUAGUUUUACCAUUUAUAAUAAAAGAUUCUCCUUUGCCACGUCAAGAAUGUCGGACGACGACGUCACCAGUGCGAAUACCAAGUAUGCCUAUGACACAACGCUAGACUAUUCCACAGGAAGUGAUGCAGCUGACUUCCUAUUCUGGGUCGGAGAUUUGAACGUCAGGGUGGAGACGAAUGCCACCCAUGCAAAAUCCCUCGUCGAUCAGAAUAAUAUCGACGGGCUCAUGGCUUUCGAUCAGUUGAAGAAAGCCAAGGAACAGAAAUUGUUCGACGGCUGGUCCGAACCGCAGGUCACCUUCAAGCCUACCUACAAGUUCAAGCCUAACACGGAUGAGUACGACUUGACCGCCACACCUUCCUGGACCGAUAGGGUCCUCUAUAAGUCCGGCACUGGCAAAACGAUCCAACCCCUCAGCUACAACAGUUUGACCAACUACAAACAAACCGAACACAGACCCGUCUUAGGAAUGUUUCGUGUUACAUUGUAAUAUGUAGAAUUUAUAUGUACAGUAAUAAACGCAUGAAAUGAAAUCUUUUGAAAACGAA